AUAUAAAAGUUUCUCUAUCAUUCACUCCGUGAGAGCGAAAAAAAAUCGGCUUUUCCAAACUAAUUUAUCUCAAGAAAAAAAAACGAAAGUGAAGUGCCAUAUUCACAAUUGUGUAGCACAACGUAGAGCGCCGUUUAAGAAAAAGUAUCAUAUCAUUCACUGUGUAAUUAGUCGCGUUCAUUUCCCGAUAGAGAGAGCUAAUACUAGGGAAUAAUUUGCCGACCGCUUCUGCAGGCGCUCUGCGCUCGUGCCGCCAUUUUGAUGUUCACGUCAAGCGUUCGUUCCUGGACAACGCGCUACGCCAGUUUCGAGAAGCGUUCCGCGUGCCCGCGUUCGUCUUCGUUAAAAAGACAUUUCCGUGAAUCUUAUUCUGAUAAAAGUGAUUAGAUUUUCAGCCGAGGCAAUCGACCCCUUAGUGAGAGCGCGGCUCAGUGGCCUUAACUCUCGCUGACAAGUGACAGGUGAAUCGAUCGUGUUGAAAGGGAACUGUGCUCACAACUCUUGUAGAGUUUUGCAAAUUCAUUUUUUUUUUGUUUUUCACCCUGUGUGCUCCCAAAAGUGAAAAUUUCUCGUGUUACUAGUGGCCCGACUUCAACACUUCUGCGUCCUCGACUAUUCCUUCAUUUCCUCGAUCCUCACGCAGUUUUCUCUCCCGCCGCAACCCAUCCCACCCCCUCUCUCUCUCUCUCUCUUUUCCCAUCAACCCUGCCAGUCAGUUCGUUAAGCAGCCAGCCAAGAGCAAAGUGAAUUUCAAUUUUCGGGACCACGCGGUCCCGGAAAAACGGCAAGAAACUCAACCCCCUCACUCCCCCUGCCCCCUCGUCACCCUCACCCACCCAGAGAGCACAACAUUAACGAGAGUUGUAGCUCGAUGUCGACGGCCCUUAACCUCCUACCGACCCCGUGUCGUUUACAGGAAGCGGGCACACCGCCACCUUCUAAAUGCGACCCCAUGUGCCUCUCCGGCCCCGGCCUCUAAACCCGCCGAGUGACCUACAAGUUCCACCCUGGCCCGGGAAUAUGGCCAAGUUCCUCAACAAGGAUCCCGUCACUUAUGAGCGCGAGCGAGAAGGCUUCAUCAAGGAUCUCCACCAUUUUCACGAAACUCGAGGAACGGCUUUCAAGAAGUAUCCUAAAAUAAGUGGAAAGGAAGUGGAUUUGUACUUACUUUAUGUCCUUGUUACCGCUCAUGGAGGAUGGAUUAAGGUGAAUUCGAAAAAUGAGUGGUCGACACUCUGUGAACAAUUUCAUUUACCAAACGGCUGCGUUAAUAGCGGAGUUGGACUCAAACAAAUCUACCUUAGGUAUCUGGACAGAUACGAAAAAGUACAUUUCCUAGGUGAAGAUGGACAACAAGCAGAUGAUGACGAUGAAGAUUCAAGGCACCGAAAGUGGUCGGCUCGAUCACUGCAUUCAGUUCCUUUAACUUAUAAUCAUCAUCAACAUAAUGUCACAGAGUCUCUGAGGGAUUAUAAUGGACUUUCAGCGGAUUUGUACAAACCGUCGAACUAUGAUAAACUCGCCCUCUCUCUGUUGUCGCCCCUUCCAAAUGAGCAGGAUUUCGCAAUAAAUGUUUGCACCCUGUUGUCGAACGAAGGCAAGCACACAUUGCGUCUCGACAAAUAUCCCCGGCUUGUAAAUAUACUUUUGGCACAUGCCGGCGUUUUUGAUUGCUUGGGAACGCGUCAACUCUUCAUUGAGGUCUAUUCGAAAGUGAGAAAUUAUUCGAUCAAUUCCUUCUGGUCGGACGUACUCGACUCUCAGGAUGUUAUCGACUUAACUGACGAGAGGAUCUUCCUCAAAAAACCAUCGCCAACGCUAAACACAUUUUCAAGGCGAAGAAAUUUAAAGAAGGAAAAAGCGAACAAAACUCAGGAGAACCAAGAAGAAUCUUCAACUCCCGCCGAGCCCGUUACGCAGGAGAUAUCGGAGUGCGUUCGAUUAAUAAGCCAAUCAGAAGAGACGCUCAGGGAUCAGAAUCAGAAUUCGAUAAAAUUCGAGGAGGAGGACCAUGAACUGUUUUGCGUUGGCCGAACACUUGGCACGCAAGAUCCCUAUGGACAACGUGUUCUUCAAAUAGCAUCGAUCCUGAGGAAUUUGAGUUUCACUGCUGAGAAUGCCGCCGUAUUGGGACGAAAUCGAUGCUUUCUGAGAUUUGUCCUUCUCUGCAUUAGAUCGAGGUGGAGUAAUCUUCAUCAAUUGGGCUUUGAUACUUUUGGCAAUGUUGCCAAUGAGAUUAUUCUUAAUGAAGCCGGACCAAGAAUAUGUGACGUUGCAAUUACAUGCGUGACGAGUGGCAUCGAUUCUCAAGACAGGUUCAUCGUCAUUGCCUGUCUCGAGAUCCUCAACAAAAUCAGUCAGCAGGACUGCAAUGAGGAUACACUCACUUCAGAAUUGAAUGAUCAUGUUUACGAACUCAUUUGCAGAUUCCUUGCACUGAGCGACAUUGCUCUACUGGUUUACACAUUGGAAUGUCUCUAUGCGCUAACUUCCUUGGGUGAGAAACCCUGCACGAGCGUCGCGCGGGUUCGCGGUGCUAUUGACACUUUGGUGGCUCUAGUGACAGUGGAGGCGCAAAGUUACGGACCGAAAGCAUGCAUCCUGAUGAGGGUCGUGGAGACUGUCUCGACGAUUCCCACGUCCGCGGCUCCCGCCUCUGGAUCGAGUACAACGCCGGCUUCGACAUCAUCAACACCGGCCACAACGUCGGUGGUUUCUGUCUCGACACCCACGCCGAUAACGGCCACACUGAAUCCGUCGCCGUCGGCGAGUCCCGUGCCUGUGCCAGUGCCGGUAGCGGUGGCCGUCACGGCACCCGCGCCAACGCCAGCGCUACUCUCCACACCACUCAGUCCAGCGCCGUCGAGACCGUCGACGCCGGCCGCCUCUGUCGUCACUGCUCCUGCAGCCGUCGUCGUUGCGCCCGCACCUUCUACUCCCGUCACUCCUGUCAAAACAAUGACGCACAAAGCUAUUGAAACUGCGAGUCCAGUUCAACCACAAAAUACGCAUCAACAAAUAAUACAAGAAAACGAACAAUUUGCUCUUUUAUGGUUAAGAACGACCUUUGAACUUGCUCCAGGCGUACGCAUUGAACAGGAGGAACUCUAUAAAAAAUAUCUUGGCUUCUGCACAAAAUCUGGUAGAAGAGGUGUCAUUGCUCCCUUACAUUUUCCACGAUGUGUUAGGUUGGUGUUUGGUGCAUCAGUGGGUCCAAAUGCGAUGAAAGGCGACUCAAGUGGAGUGCAGUGUUACGAUGGAAUUCGCGUGCGAUCCCUGCCAGUUCCAGUGUCGAGUUCAUGUCAAAUGGUUGUUGGAACAAACACAACGCAAACUUCAAUGCCGAUUGCCACACUCUCAACACCAAUGACAAUUGGCAGCAAUAUAACUCCCGCUAAGGUGCUUCCCGUACAACAACGUUCAAUCACGGCUAUAAAUCCCGUUCCCGAUAGCACUGCCCUUGAUAAUUCCGGAAUUCAAAAGAGUCCCGCCCCGGCAUCCCCGAUCCUUAAGGCCCAACUCUCUGCACCACCAAAGCCUCCCACUCCGAAUCAAGCCCAGAAUCCGGUCACCAAGAUUGACUCGAAAAGUCAGGUGUCAGUGUCGCACCCUCAUUUGAGCCAAGCACUUCUGGCAACUGGAUCUCAAACGCAACAACUUCAACAGCCUCAACAGCAGCAGCAGCAGCAAAGCGGACAAGUGCAGGUGCAGUGUCAACAACAGCAGCAGCAACAAUUGCAGUUGCAGCAAUCGCAAUCUCAGCAGCAGCAGCAGCAGAUUAUUCAGAUAAUUCAGUCACCGUCCCAGCAGAUCCAGGUGAUGGUGAGAGAAGACGCGAGGGCGAGCACCACGUCUAGUUCAAUAAUUAAGAGCCUCCUGGCUACCAAGGUAACGGUCAGCGGCGACUGCAUGCCCAGUGCCGCUACGACUUGUGUGUCUGUCCCUUCUGCCUGCGUAACAAACACUACUAGCAUCGCAUCUGGCAUCAGUGUCAACCAGCUAAUAACCAACAACCAGGUCGCUCAACGUCAGCAACAGCAAAGGUUAUUGCAACAGCAAUUGAAUGUUCAGUCCGUGACUCCUGCAACGACGCCAACAUCUGUAGGAUGUCAAGUGAACAAACCUUUCGUUAAUUCGAAGCAAAAAACAGCUAUCGUUACGACUCCUGCCAAAAAAAUACAAAGGCUCAACGGAGCCAAAGUCAUAAUGACUAACAAUUUCGACAAGACUGAAGUAAGCGAUAAUGAAAACGGACAAACAAAACUAGUGAUGCAAGUGACGAGCGAUAAUCACUUGUCUCUGGGAGGAAAAAUUUGCCGACCGCCAACAAUAACAUCGACGUCGGUGUCGUCGAGUACAGUUAAUAAAAACCAAAGAUCAAUUUGUACAUCAAUUGCUGAAGAUUCAGACUCAACGAACAAUUCCCUGGCGUCGAGCAGCGGAAUCGGCGGCAGCAGAGAUUGCUCGGGCGUCGGUCCCGAGGAGGAGAAUUCUCUAACUAGUUUUGAAGGAAUCCUUUUGAAUGGCGUGCCCACCAAUCUCGACAUCGACGCUCAAGACGACGGUUCGUCCAAAGACUCAUCGAGCAUCAGUUGUAAAGAGAAACCCCUUCAGACAAUGAUGCUUGCCGAUCUUCUCGAAAAGAAAGUCGACAAGGAACCCGUUCUCAACGGUGUUUUAGGUAAAAAUUCAAUCAAUGAGAAGGGAAUGGAUCUCGUGGAGAAUCACAUAAAGAAAGUCUUGAAAGAAUCUCCCACGGAUAUAAAAAUAAAAGUCGAAUUGGAAGACAACAUGAUGCAGACGGACGUGUCCGAUGACGCGCUAAUAGAAGCACCUCGCAACAUGAAGAGAUCUGCGAACGAAAUAAACGAGGUGGAAUCAAAGAAACCAAAAUAUUCCAACGGCACAACGUCCCCCGAUCCCGCAGUCGAUUCAACGACCGUCGAAUCAACGCUCUCUAGUAUCAAAUCCGAGGAUCUCGACGACGACAAGGACGGCGAGAAGGCGACCGUCUCGUCGACAGCGGCGAAUCUCUACGCAGCGCUCGCGGCCGACAUUAUCGAGGACGAAACCGAUCUCGAGGAUCCAAUGCCAAUAAUUCCCAAGGAGGAAUCACUGCCAAUGAUAAAAGUAGAAGCACCGCAGCAAACUGUCAUCAAUCAAUUCGAACAUCAGCAGGCCCAUCAGCAAUUGAUAAUGGCACAUCCCAGACAAAUUAUGGUGCAGCAGGCAAUUCAGCAGAUACAAUCAAACAGUCCAAUGAUCAUUCCAACCGUGAAGGGGCGGCAGGCACAGUCGCAACCGCAAGUUCUUUUGCAGCAAGGCGCUGGCGGUCAGUUGCAGUAUGUCGUCUCGGGCGGUGUGCCGGGGCAGAACUAUGUCCUUGCACAGCCGCAGACGGCGCUGGUUCAGGGCCAAGCGCAGACGGUUCUCGUCGCGCAGACAACGCAGCAGCAAGGCACCGGGGCCAAGACAAUAAUUAUUCUACAACCGCAGACGCAGCACACGCAACCCACCGCGCAGAAAAUGGUCGCCGUCACGCCGCAGGGACAACAGGUUGUCGUAACGCAAGUUCCGCGACCGAUUUUACAGAGUCCCGCACUUGGAAACAUACCACCACCUUUGGUUCCCACGUCGGCGGCAAUUCCCCAAUCAAUAAUUGUCAACAGUUCGGUGGCACAGAGCAAUCAGAACACAGUGACAGUGACGAUUCCAGCAUUAGCGCAACAAUGUCCAGUGACGACGAGUAUACCGUCGCGGGUGGUGACGCCGACGCCAGCCUCAACGCCACCGCCAACGAGACCAACGACGCCACAUCAGGCGGCAGCCACUCACGCCAUCACCAUGAAACAGCCAAUUAAGAUCGUCAAGACCGUUAGCUCUUCCACCUCGACUGAACCUGAAUCCAAACCUUCCACGAGUCAACAGACGGAGCCGUCGCCUAAAACAAUCACCAUUAAAAUUGAUCCCAAUGCAUUCUUGUGCGAAUGGCGGGGAUGUCUCAGACAAUUUAAGACUUCGCACGAUGUUUAUCUUCACGUGUGCGAAGCGCAUUGUCCAAAUGGAGGUGAAGAAAUUCUCUGUCUGUGGUCGAGUUGUGACAAUCUUAAACGUCGUCGUUUCUCACUUAUGACUCAUUUAUACGACAGGCACUGUAAUGGAGAUGUCAUGUCGGUGAGGCGAAAACAAUUGACGCUUUCGGGUAAGACGGAAGUGUUAACGACGUCAGCGCCAGUGACGACGGCGGCGCCCAUCUCAACGUCUCAACAUCCUGGUUACGCGCCUAAUGCGGCUUUCCACGCGAUCAAAAGGCACGCCCUGGAGUUCGUCAAUCCAAAAGAAUUAAUGCAAAGGCCAACUAAGCCCGCUGCAGCCAUCACAAGCACUUCUUCUCCCAGACCUGGGCAAAAUCCUCCGCCAGAACAGGAUGACAACGAAGGUCCAGUGACCAAGAGUAUUCGUUUGACAGCAGCUCUUAUCCUUAGGAACCUAGUCAUUUACUCUGCGCAUGGCAGAAGACACUUAAGAGCUUAUGAACCACAUUUGGCGGGAGUGGCGCUGAGCAACGUUGAAUCAUCCCGUACAAUUGCACAAGUUCUUUACGACAUGAACGAUCAGAGUAACAGCAGUCACAGGUGACCUUUCGAGACGGGCCUCUGAUCACUUCAGUUUUACUAAAAAGAAAAAAACAAAAACAAAAAAUGAGCAGCGAUCAAUUUCACAAGUUCUACUGCGUAAAAAAGUUUCACCACCUGGUAGUGAGAAGAAAUAACUUUUCAAAUAGGUGAUAAACUUUUCUCGAGGACAAAAAAAACAACAUAAAUAAAAAAUUCAUAAAAAUCAACAAAAAAAAGACCGUAAAAAAACAACAAAUAAAAAUCAAUCGGACUAAUAAUGUUCCGUACACGUAGUUGAUAUUAUAUGUACGUUAAUUAAGAAUAUAAAGAAAAAUGAAAACAAGAGAAACAAAAGAGGCCUACAAAACUUAUCUUAAAUAGGCAAAAUGUAUUUUGCCAAAAAAAAAACUUUUUACUUUGAAGAAUGUUAAAAAUCCUAGGAGAAAAAAAAAAUGUUUUUCGCGGGUGUAAAAGCAAAAAAGAAAAGAAAACGCGGAACAGUGAUAAAAAAAAAAUAAUGCGAGGCAAGAUUAAACUAUUCAGAUUUAAUGUUAAUAUUUAUUUUCUCAAACGAGCAGCGAAUGUUUUUAGUAAAUAUGUAGAAAUCAAUUUAUGGCGAAGAAGAUACUUUACGGACGUUAUAGAUAAUUAUAAACAUUAACACUAUUAUAUGGACUACGUUUCGUUUCUUUUUUCUUCUUCCCAUUUCACAUUAAUUCUUUAAAAAGAAAAAAAAUAAUUCUUCAGUACUGUUUCUUUUCUUUUUAGUUUCUCAUCGACUUCUUGUUUUAUACAAGUCACCGGAAAUCUAGACUGUAAAGGAACUUUUUAUUGAAUGUGUUUGUUAGGAGUCUGUAAUUAUUAUUAUUAUUAUUAUUAUAUUAUUAUAUUAUUAUUAUUAUAUUAUUAUAUUAUUAUAUUAUUAUAUUAUUAUAUGAUGAUGAUGAUUAUUAUUUUAUUAUUAGUUAUUAAUUACUAUUAUUAGAUAAUUGCACAUUGCAAUUAUAUGGCUAUUAUAAUUUUGCGUAUGAUUCUUGUGCUCGAAACGUUUCCCGCUGUUUCAAUUUUUUUUUAUCCAAAAGAAGUUCUUAUUUUCUCUUCUAGUUUGGAAAUAUUGCUCUCAAGUUAAAAACAAAGCAAUUGAUGUUUUUUUAUAAAUAUAUAUUAAUAUAUAGUUUUUUACGAAAUUAGAUUUGAAGUU